CCUUUAUUGUGUAUCUGUGAUUGUAUUUCUGGAGCGAUCAGUAUUAUCAUAUUAAUAAUGAACAUCUCUGACCUCAGGCUUAUCAUUUCCAAACGUUAACAGUGGAUACCUUGUACUGAAGCACACAACACAAAAGACAUGCUAGGGAAAUCUUGUAGCCAUUCCGCUGCCGUGUGCUUCGUAGUUACAAGGUGGCAUAAGGAGAAGGAAGAACGCCCUGUUCCUACAGAUGUUCCGUGCCAGUGGUUGGUGCCUCGGCUGAAAAGGGUAACUCCCAAGGCAGCUGUGGAUCUGGAAUACAGUCACCACUCACUGGAGAAGAGGAAAUCAAACAGCGUCCCAUCAAAGAAGGCUGCCUUGGAGAAGAGGAAAUCAAUCGGUGCCCCAUCAAAACAGGCUGCAACCACCUGCGCUAUCGACGUCCCUGCUCUGAUUUCUGAGCUUAAAAAGGUUGCACCGACUGCAAGGUUUUUCACGUUGGUUGAAAGGAACACUGCACAAGUUACAGAAAGUGGGCAUACUGAAACAGCUGCUGGUGUGUACCACAUAUCCCUUCAUCAACCUCUCUGCAACUUUAAGCCAGAUCCAACUUGCAAGACACCCUUAGAGCUUCUAAGCAUCACCAAAGAAGAUUCUGACAAAAUCGAACUUGAAACAAGGACACAAAGAAAAAGCAGCUCCUGGUUCCUCCACCGGAAGGGACGAAUAACAGCAUCAGUGUUCAAGGAAGUUUGCUCUUCAAGGAUGGUCAAGUGCUCUAGCCUCAUCAACAAGCUGUUCCGACCGACCAUAAUCAAUGCACCAGCCGUGCAGUAUGGCAUUGACAAUGAAGACAGAGCAAAAGAGGCAGUGCUGAACACACUGCAAGGAAGCCAUACUGGUGCUCGGCUACAAGACUGUGGGCUGAUGAUAUCUCCAAGGUACCCUUAUUUAGGAUGCAGUCCUGAUGCUAUAUUCCACUGCGAAUGCCAUCCACCUGCACUCGUCGAAAUCAAGUGCCUCUACUCACUGAGGAAAGUUCAUCCUUCCGAGGUUGCUGAAGAAGGACAGAAACAACGCGACUUCUGCCUGGACGCCCACGGUGACUUAAAACUGUCACAUAAGUAUUAUUACCAAGUGCAAGCUCAGCUACACUUAAAUUCUGUUGGUAGCACAGUAUGCUAUUUUUAUCUCCAUGUGGAUCAAGGGGGACUAUUACUUUCAAUCCCAAAGGAAGAGGGAUUUAUGUCCAGAAACGAAGAGAAACUGAAGCUCUUUUUUGAAAAAAUAGUGCUGCCAAGGAUCUGUAGUAGGUAUUGAUUGUGUAGGAACAAUAUGUAAAUAAAACUCACCUUUAUUUGCAAGC